AUGGAUAAUGUGUUGCAUAUGAAUGGGGGCAUGGGAGAGACUAGCUACGCUAAGAACUCCUUGCUUCAGUGGAAAGGGAUAGCAACCACUCUGCCGAUAACAAAGGAAGCCAUAGCAGAACUGAUGUGCAACUCGAGCUUCCCCAUAGGCAGGCUAGCAAUCGCAAAUCUGGGCUGUGCUUCAGGGCCCAACUCCCUCUUCCUCGUGUCUGAGGUAAUCAAGGCCGCCCACAAGCUUUCCAGGGAGUUGGGCCACAAAUCCACCGACCAGUUUCAGAUCUUUCUGAAUGACCUCCCUGGAAAUGACUUCAACAACAUCUUCAGUUCUAUACAAGGAUUCAAGGAGAAAAUUAUGGAAGAAAUGGGGUCCUGCACGGAUUCUGAACCAAUAUUGAUGUUCAUCACUGGAGUCCCAGGUUCCUUCUAUGAUAGGCUUUUCCAAAGUGAUAGCCUCCAUUUCAUUCACUCUUCAUAUAGUGUUCACUGGAGCUCUCAAGUUCCUCGAGGUUUGGAGGAGAACAAGGGAAAUAUUUACAUGGCCAAAACCAGCCCUCAAUGUGUCUUGGAAGCCUAUUACAAACAAUUUCGGACAGACUUUUCAUCUUUCUUAAAUCAUAGGGCUCAAGAAUUGGUGACAGGAGGACGGAUGGUUCUGACCUUCUUUGGAAGGAGAAGUGCAGAACCUUGUGCCAAAGAGUGUUGCUACAUUUGGGAACUUAUGUCCAUGGCUCUCAACCAAAUGGCAUUGGAGGGGUUGAUAGAUCAGGAUAAAUUGGAUUCCUUCAAUCUCCCAUUGUUCACUCCAUCCGCCAUGGAAGUGGAAGCCGAGAUCCAAAAACAGGGCUCCUUUGCCAUCAAACACCUGGAGUUGUGGGAUAUGAGCUGGAAUGCCUACGAGGGGGAAGUGGACUUGCCUAAAGCCCUUCGAGAUGGUGGCUACAACGUUUCCAGGUGCAUGAAGGCGUUGUUUGAGCCGAUAAUCACCCAUAAGUUUAACCUGCCGAGGGAAGUCAUGAACGAGGUUUUCAAGAGGUAUGGUCUCCUUCUCUCAGAUUGGAUGGCCAACGAGAGAGCUAUUCUCGUGAGUUUGACUGUCUCGCUCACUAAGCGAGGUUGA